AUGCUGGUGACCUAUUUGGAAGCCAGCCGGGACCUUUGCGAGACGGACUCGAUUCUCUUUGGCGCCGCAGUGGCAGUUUGCCGUAUUAUUGGCGCCAAACUUCCCAUGGCUGGACGCGCUACUACACAAAGUAACGCCAUCCCAGCCUGGAGGAAAAGAAUCGAGGACCGUAUCGCAAAGGCAAGGGCCCUUAUCGGCAGACUGACAAGCUUCAGGUCGGGUAAUAAUAGACCGAGGAUUAUGCGCACCGUUAGGAUGGCGUUUGCUGGGACAAAUAUCAGUUUGUCCCAGCCGGAUAUCACGCAGAAAAUAACGGAGCGCAUAGACGACCUGAAGGAAAAGAUCGCUGCUUGGGGGAAGCGGAUUCGACGAUUUUCCGAGGGGUCAAGGCGGUUCAACCAGAAUCGUCUCUUCCAGAGUGAUCAGAAGAGGCUCUAUAAAUUAUUGGAGCGACCAAAGGUAUGUGUAGCGGGCCAAGGACCGGAUCAGGCUGACAUUAUCGCAUUCUGGCGUGGCCUGUGGUCAGAGCCCGUAAACCACAGUGAGGGCCUUUGGAUGGAAGUUGUCGCGAGCCAGGGUGCGAGUGUUACGCCUAUGGACCCCAUCACCAUAACGCCAGAAGACGUGGCUGAGGCGGUCCGUAGGGCCCCGAACUGGAAAAGUCCGGGGCUCGACGGGCUGCAUCAUUACUGGCUGAAGGGGUUCGUAGUGUGUCACGCUGUGCUCGCCCGACAGUUUCAAGAGGCUCUCGACCAGAAGUCACUCCCGAGCCUCUUCACUACUGGGAUCACUCACUUGGUUCCUAAAGAUCAAGAUACCACAGACCCGAGCAAAUACCGCCCCAUCACAUUCCUUCUGGCGGAUUCGUCUGUUAUGCAUGCUGGGUUGCAGCGUGUAGAAAUGCAAAGAGCUACUAAUGUUGAGGAAGGGCAUCAAAAUCCAGGACUUUCAUAUCAACAUUAUGAAGCUGACUGUGUGUGA